AUGGUCUCUAAAACUUCCAAAAUUAUCAAAUCACGAAGAAAAUGGAAACGUAGCUACAGCUCUUUGUUACCCUUGACAAAGAGUCAGGAUGCGGGUGCUGGUGUUCUUGCGACAGAAAAAGUUAAAAGUUUUGAUCAAGAAGAUGAAUUAGAUUCAAUGCAUGAAUAUCAAUUUACAGAAACAUGA